AUGGCUACGGCCAUCUCCGCCUCCGCGCUCCUCUCCUCCACAUUCGCCGGCGAUAGGCGCCAUCGCCGCGCGGCGAGGCCCGCGCCCCGCCGCGCCGUCCCGGCUGGCCUCACGGUGCGGUGCGAGCAGAGCGACAAACAGAAGCGGCAGCCUCUUUCCGCACUCGUUCCCCGCGAGCAGCGCUUCAUGUUCGAGGGCGACGAGCUCUGCGGACCCGACAUAUGGAACACAACAUGGUACCCUAAGGCUGCUGAUCACGUAACUACCGAGAAGACGUGGUAUGUUGUUGAUGCAGAGGACAAGAUUCUUGGCAGGCUAGCAUCUGCUAUCGCAGUGCAUAUGAGAGGGAAAAAUGAGCCCACAUACACUCCAAGUGUGGACAUGGGGGCUUUUGUUAUUGUGGUUAAUGCAGAGAAGGUUGCUGUUUCUGGUAAAAAGAGGUCACAGAAGCUCUAUAAAAGGCACUCUGGACGGCCCGGUGGAAUGAAAGAAGAAACUUUUGAUCAGCUUCAGAAAAGGAUUCCGGAGAGAAUUAUCGAACAUGCUGUGCGUGGCAUGCUUCCUAAGGGCAGGCUGGGCAGAAGACUAUUUACCCACCUCAAGGUGUACAAAGGAUCAGAGCACCCGCAUGUGGCUCAAAAACCUGUUCCGCUGCCCAUCAGAGACAAAAGAAUAAUGAAGUCUGGCUAG